AUGGACGUCCGACACUCGCACGGAACGGAGGUGUUCGCGGUGCGCGCGUGCUACGAAGACGACGCGGCAGACCUCAUCGCGGUCGGCGGCGCGCACUCGGUCGAGGUCUUGCUCCUUACAGAAUCAUCCUGCAAAACGAUCGCAAACUUCCACAUUGGAUCCCGCAUAACCGCCCUCGCCUGGUCCUCGCGCGUCAGCUCACCUUCGUCUACCGACGACUGGUCAAUAGAGCUUGCAGCAGCUGGUGCGGAUUACAGCUUGUACCUUCUCUCGAAGUCGGCUUCGGAAGAAGAGGAGAUAUUUCCGUUCGGCGGCGGGAUGAGUGGGCAUCAUGGCAAGGUGAACGACAUGACCUUCUGUGGCGGGCGGAGCGAGGACAGUUCACGAUAUGUGGCCACAGUCUCAGACGACAAAAUGCUCAUGGUGUGGGACCUCCACCCGUCGAUCGACCUUACCUCGCCCCCGUCCCCCGGCGCGAGCACGCCCACGCGCCCGCAGCCUACCGCGUACGUCAUCACGUUCCCCCACCCGCUCACGAGCGUGCACGCGCACCCGUCGACGAGCAAGGAGCUGCUCGUGUCCGACUGCCGCGGCUCGAUCUUCCUCACCGACUGGCGCUCCGACCCGGACGAGAACGAGCAGGACAGCUGGCGCAACUCGAGCGUCGUCGAGCUCAUCGAGCCCCGCGCGCUCGCAGACUCCCUCGCCGGCCCCUCUGCGAAGUGGUCCGGAUCAGUCGCCUGGCGGCGCGACCCCUCCGCUGACUUCGUGGGUGCCGCGUACGGCUCGCGCUUCGCGCUGUGGGACAUGGGCAGCCUCGCGGGGGGCAAGCCCUUCGUGACGGGCACGAGCUUUGCCGAAGGCGGCAGCCAGUUCAGACUGCAGGGACGGGACGCUGGACACUGGACACUGGGGCUAACCAUUCCUCGCAGGUGGUGCCCGACGUACCCGGACUACUUCGCGGUGUCGACGAGCAGCCCCGCAAAGGGCGCGAUCCUGCACGUCCACAACGUCGCGUACGUGCACGCGCAGCCGACCGUGUUCCAGAUCGCGCCGCGCCCGCUGUACGUGCGCGCGUUCGACUUCGUCGCGUGCAAGGGCAUUCCGCGCAUCGUCGCGGCUGUCGGGCGGGAGGUGAUCGUGUUCUACAUCGGGGUGGACUCGUAG